AUGCUGUCUGCUACAUCGAGGAGCGCCCUGCGCGCAAUCCCGUCAAAACCGUCACAUCUCACUUCCAGACAAUUCGCAAGCACUCCAAUUGCAGCUGCACUCUCCCCGCAUCGUCGAUCGACACAAAAGCUCGUAACUGGGGAAACUACGAGGCGAGGGCAAAGCACUGCAACAGCGACAGCAUCACAAACAAGGCCAAUUCCAAGUCCUGCAUUUAAUCAGGAUACGAAACAAGAUUUAUCGCCCCUUCAGAACAGACAACAACCGGGCUUGGAUGACUCCUUUGUUGGGCUGAGUGGAGGCGAGAUCUUUCAUGAAAUGAUGCUGCGUCUCGAUGUAAAGCAUAUCUUGUUCGAUGCAAUCUACAACUCGAAACAUUUCGAUUUCGUCCUUCCCCGUCAUGAACAAGGUGCGGGCCAUAUGGCGCAAGGUUAUGCAAGAGCGUCAGGCAAACCUGGAGUGGUGCUGGUCACCUCUGGACCCGGAGCCACGAACGUGAUCACUCCAAUUCAGGAUGCUCUCUCAGACGGCACACCAAUGGUCGUUUUCUGUGGCCAGGUUCCCACAGCCGCGAUUGGCACUGAUGCUUUCCAGGAAGCGGAUGUCAUUGGGAUCUCCAGGGCCUGCACGAAAUGGAACGUGAUGGUUAAGAAUGUUGCUGAACUCCCAAGACGCAUCAAGGAAGCGUUUGAAAUUGCCACUAGUGGCCGCCCUGGGCCCGUUCUGGUCGACCUGCCCAAAGAUGUCACGGCCGGGAUUUUAAGAAAACCGAUCCCAAUGGCAUCCAGCCUUCCUUCACACCCAAGUGCAGCCACCAUCGCUGCUCGCGAAGUCAGCAGAAACCAACUGGAAGCUACCCUGAAGCGUGUUGCCAACCUGGUAAAUGUCGCCAAGAAACCCGUGCUUUACGUCGGCCAGGGUCUCCUUGCCCGCCCAGACGGUCCGGCCCUCUUAAAACAAUUGGCCGACAAAGUUUGUAUCCCAGUGACAACCACGUUGCAGGGCCUUGGCGGCUUUGAUGAACUCGAUCCAAAAUCUCUGCACAUGCUCGGCAUGCACGGCUCAGCAUAUGCCAACAUGGCAAUGCAAGAGGCAGAUUUGAUCCUGGCGGUGGGCGCUCGGUUUGAUGACCGCGUUACCGGCAACAUUGCUAAAUUUGCCCCUCAAGCAAAGAUCGCCGCUCAAGAGGGCCGUGGAGGUAUCGUCCACUUUGAGGUUAUGCCCAAAAACAUCAACAAGGUUGUUGAGGCCACAGAAGCUGUCGAGGGCGACUGCGCAGAUAAUAUUGCACUCCUCCUUCCCCAGCUGAAGCCAGUAUCAGAACGACCAGAGUGGUUCGCCCAGAUCAACGACUGGAAAGCCCGAUUCCCCUUGUCCUUGUACGAGAGGCAAACCCCAGAGGGCCUUAUCAAACCCCAGUACGUGAUUGAGAAGCUUAGCGAUCUGACGGCUCAUAUGAAGGAUCGCACUAUUAUUACAACCGGCGUCGGCCAACAUCAAAUGUGGGCGGCUCAGCAUUUCCGAUGGAGGCACCCUCGCACGAUGAUCACAUCUGGUGGCCUUGGCACUAUGGGUUACGGCUUACCAUCCGCUAUUGGCGCAAAGGUGGCGCGGCCCGAUUGCUUGGUUGUUGACGUCGAUGGUGAUGCCUCGUUCAACAUGACCCUCACAGAGAUGUCUACCGCCGCUCAGUUUAACAUUGGGGUCAAGAUCCUUGUGCUCAACAACGAGGAGCAAGGCAUGGUCACGCAAUGGCAGAGCCUGUUCUACGAAGAUCGCUUCGCCCAUACUCACCAGAAGAAUCCGGAUUUCGUUAAAUUGUCAGAAGCCAUGGGUGUGCAAGCCAGAAGGUGCGCGCAACCAGAGGAUGUCGAAUCGAGCCUCAAGUGGCUGCUGGAGAGCGAUGGGCCCGCUUUCCUGGAGGUGAUUACCGAUAAAAAAGUACCUGUCCUUCCCAUGGUUCCUGCCGGAAAGGCGUUGCACGAAUUUUUGGUAUACGACGAAGCCAAAGAAAAAGCGAGGAGAGCUCUGAUGAAAAAGCGCACCGGUCAUUGA